GACGUGUUGGUUUCGACCGAUAGCCAGCCGGGAUGCCACUCUCCAGUGCGCCGUUGGUUCAGUGGAUGACGCAUCAAGGGGAGGCGCCCGGCACACACACGUCUGACUGAUAGCCUUCAUGCUGCUGCCAGGUGUUCUCGAUUUGUGUGUGCACAAGGGUAGACGAAGUAGAUUGGAUGGAUGAGUGAUGAGUGAGUGGCUGCCUGGUUGUGUGUCCGUGGUGCGCCCUGCCUGUGUUGCGUUUGGUCGGUGUGGAUGGUGUCAUCUCGCUGGUGUUGGCAUUGCUUAUGCCUUCACGAGUGGCUGACACCUCCUCACCUCACUGGGCCGCGACACAGGGCGGGCACACACCUGUCGACAGCCAUUGGUGAAUCGCCGUCUGGCCGUCUUGAUUAGCCGGUGGAUCUGACACACAUUGAGGUGGUAGAGGUAAUGCAAAAGACUAGAGUUGUGGAGGUGGUGAGCCAUAACACCGUCUUACAUGGCUUCUCUGUCUGUCUGUCUGUCUGUCUGACUAUCUGCAGAAAUGGGAGACGAAAGUGGCCGAGAGGGACGUGGAGGUCAGUGACCGGGCAAGCUGUGCAGACCCAUGCAGGCAGCCCUCACACUAUCUGUGUCUCACUGCUUGCUGUCUGCUGUCUGAUGUCUGCAGCGGGCCUUACAUGAUUUGUAUGGCCUGCGUGUGGAGGGGAAAUUGGGCUACGGGGGCCAGGCGGAGCUGUGGCGGCUGUCGAGGGGCAAGGUGGUCAAGGUGCUCGACAAAAACUACUCCGUCGGCGGCGUAAGCACGACUUAGACCACAGCGACAAGGACCACAAGAGACCAUCAUCCUUGCCUGUGUGUGUUGGUGUCUUGCGCAGCCCAACCACAAGCCGACAUUUCAGCUUCACCACGAGAAGGGGCUGGCCAAAUGCCCCCAGCUGGUGCGGCUGCACGGCGCCUUCACCGUCACGAGGUGCCACCGCACCUGUGUGUUGAUGGAGUUCGUCGACGGUGGGCGAAUGAGUAACACACACAAAGCACGGGAUGCUGCAGAGCUUGUGGAUGUGUGUGUGUGUGCAGGGCAGCCGGUGUGGGAGCUGUGCGGCGGUGUGGGGGGAGGGAGACGCGAAGACCAUCACCCGAGAUCUCCCCCUCCGCCGGCUGGCCCACCUCGACGUCAAGCCCGACAACCUUAUCCGGCGAGGGGACGGGUCGAGUGUGCUGAUAGAUCUCGACUUCAUGGCUAGAUAUGAGGUGAGACAUGGACAUAAAAAGGGAGCAACCGAUGGCAAUGGCUGGGUGGAUGGCUGCGUGUGUGUUGUCUGUGGUUGACAUGCAGACGGGCGAUGGGAGACGGAAAGACAUGAGGGAUACAGGUAGGUGUGCCUGCCUGUUCUCGGCCGAUGUAUCGGGACUGUCAUCUCUCUCUCACUCUGUGUGCGUGUGUGUGUCUGUCUGUGAUGCUGCAGUCAGCACGCUGUUGAUGUUGCUUGGGGUGGACAGCGAAACAGUCAACACGGUCCUUGCAGCCGACACGGUCCGGGAGAGAACCUAUCAGUUGAUCUUGACACACAUAACUCUGACGCCUCUGCUUUGCCCCUCAUUGGAAUGCAGCCAACGGAAGAGGACAUCGUUGUCUACGUUUUAUAUUUGACGGAGGUGUUUCCAACGGCGCUGCGAAGCCUCCCGAAGAGAGAUGACCCGAUGGGGUGGCAGGGGAUUCUCAGCCCGCUCCAGGUGUAUGCACUGAGUACUCCCGACACAAGUUCUACGGCCAUCUCAAGCUCAGUCUGCUUCGCCUGGGCUCUUCGGGCGCGUACAAGAACUGAGCGACUUAUACAGGGCCGAGAACAUUUGGUGAGCGGCGGACAAGCUGGAGCCUGCGUCUGUGCACUGCGGCGUGUUUCUUGUCGUCCGCACACAACGAUGAUCGCCUCUGAAGUACUCACGGCUAUUCGGUUCAGAGCGCAGAGAUGCUUGAAGAGAUUCCUCAACAACAGGGUAAGUGAGAAAAGUGGAUGGAUGGAUGGGAAACGAUGCGUCGGUUUCGCAUUGCCUUCCCUGCGUCCGCAAGAAUACGCUGUUCCACGCGAUGUGGUCUCUGAGGGCGAUUUGGUGUACGGCGGACGGGCGCUCCACUCCCGACACAAGUUCUACGCCCAUCUCAAGCUGAGCGUGCUUCGCCUGGGCUCUUCGGGCGCCUACAAGAACAUGGCGGCCCUCUGCCGCAAGCUGACCGACUUGUGCAAGGACGAGAACAUCACUGUGAGCGUGUUGUCCUGGGUGAGCCAAACGUGACACCAGUAAGCUGAGCUCUUCUUUCUGCAUGCGUCGUGUGCUGUGACCCUGCCCUCCUCAUUCAGGACGAUGGAGCCGAGAGUCUGCCGGUAGCGAAGGUAUGUAUCCCCCGCACACGUCUGAAGAGCCAUACCUAUCCACCACACCACAGGUUCUCUCCGCCUGCUUGUUGCCUGCAGGGGACGGCUCCACACUCACCUCCUCAGCCCAAGUGGCUGCGUCGAGUGAGCCACGUGCACCCAUCCAUCCAUCCAUCCAUCCAUCCACCACACUCUUUUCUGUCCCCUCUAUCUUGCUUGCAGUUCUGGUGCGCGUCAAACCCUGCAGUCGUAACGAUCCUGCGUUUGUUGGGGGAAGACCUGCAAAAGGAACCAGUACAAGAGGACCAAUGAAAUGAUCGUCACAGACAGGCAUUCUCUCCCACUCUGUCUGUGUCUGUGAUGCUGCAGUGACGACAAUGUUGAAAUUACUUGGUGUUGACACGGGGGCGGGUAACACGAUCCUCACGGCCGCCACGGUAUGAGAGACAACGUUAUCAGUUGAUCUCCAAAUACAUGACUCCCUCUCUGCUUUGCCUCUCAUUCCAAUGCAGCCGACAGAGGAGGCCAUUCGUCAGGCCCUGUAUCCAUUCGCCCCCUCCACCGAAGUGGUCGACUUCAUCGCCAAACUUCUCAAGGGCAUGAGCGCUCAGGAGGUCAGUUAGCCAGGGAAAAACAAGGACACUUCUCCCAUGUCAGAUUCGUGGACGUCUUGUGUGCUGUGUGUCGCCUGUCUCUCCCCCGCUCCUUCGGUCGUGCAGGCCCUCCACCACCCGUGGCUUGCUAAUUCCCCACCACAGCCACCAGCUGCUGCCGCUACUGUUGAUGUCUAUGCACCUCCUGCUGCCACCGGUGAGUGGGGGAGAGACACAACUGACAUCCAUUGCAAUCAGAGCGCCUCAUCUCUGACAUUGUAUUGGAUUGUUCGUCUCUUGACAGAACGACCGUAUGUGCCGCCUGUGUAUCGGCUGCCGCCACCACCGCCCCGACGAGUCCCUGCCGGUGAGUGGACAAGAGACACAAUUUAUUCAGUUCAUUGCCAUUGAUUCUCUCCUGACGCACCUGCCCAAGCACUACUUCCAUUCAGCAUUGGAGGGCCCUUUUGCUGCUAUGCUGUGUCCCUGCCAGCCAGCAAUGCGCCACGAGGAGAGGCGGUGCGGAAGGCACCUAUCGUUGUCUACAUUUUAUAUUUCCAAGGCACUUUUCAUUCGUCAAAACUGUGCAUCGUUGGACUGUCAACGUCAUGGAGCUGCUCAAGGGUACACACGUCACGCCACUCCAUGCCAGGGCACACACAUUGCCUUUGUCGCCCGUCUGUGUCUCGUAUGUGUAUCUGUCUGGGUAGGGCGAAUCGUGCGGCGGACCCCGCCUCUCUCUCUGGAAGCGUAAUCCACGAAACGCUGAAGGCAAGUGCCUUCAGCGUUUAACUCGAGUGCCUUCAGCGUUUACUCCACUUUGCAGGAGGGAUGGCGCGCUGUCUGCCUGACAGCAAGGGCACAGUUUAGAUAGUCAACGACAUCCUUUGGUCAGAAUCGCAGCCGGCGCCACUGCGGUUCACAAACACAGGUGAGAGCCAGCCGCUCAUCCAUCGACGUAUACGCACACAAUCUCCU